CUCUCCCAGGCACCCUUUUUUUUUCUUAAAUACAACCCACCAUUAAAACCCCUUCUGGAAUGUGACAAGGGUCAAAAGUUUAAUUGGGAUUUAAACAGGAGGACACAAAAAUCAUCUAGUCUUUGGGGAAGAAAGGUGUUAAAAUGCUAAUCUCUGUGUGAAUUGCAGAUCGAAGUUUCCUGGGACUUUUUUUUUUUUUUUGCAAGGAUUUCCAGAGGGAGAUGGGCUUGAUUGAGAGUUUGCAAAUUCUGAUUGGAACCAAAUGGGCCGGGCCUUUCUUCUGAUCUACUGUCCCAUUGCGAUGUGCUCUUGCUUUGUUCAAGAUGUACCAUGGCCUUGUCAUCUUUAGACCUGUAUUGUAGAGUUGUAGACGCCACGGCUGGGGUCAGAGAACCAGGAGGAGCUAGGAGGAAUGAUAGAGUGAAGAAGCAGGAAUAGAUGACAUCUCAAGAAGGCCAACCUAUUAGAAGAUGUCCUGUUUGAGACUUUCUCCGGCCACAUGAGGUCCUGGUUUCCUUUCUCCUCCACUGGGCAGAGAUGAUGCUGUCAGAAUGUUGUCAAGAAUGCUGGGCGUGUCACGGAUUUCCAUGGCAAAGUCGCUAUGAAGUCAGCAUGGGGAGAAGUCAAGGCUGAGGAAACCAUGACCAGCUUUUCCAAUACUUUCCUACUUUUCUCCAUCUUUUUAAGGCCACACCUGUGUCAAGAGGACUCCAUGGAGAAGCAGGGAGUCAAGCUAGAUCUCCUCAUUGGCAUUAUGUGUCUGUUCAUGGUCCUCUUGAUCUUUCUGAUCCUUGGAUGCCUCUUGCUCCACUUCAGACUCUUCAGUAAAGACAUGCCCUUGAAGGAGGAUCUGAAAUCUUACACCAUCCAGACCCACUGUGUGGAGACAAAGAUUGUCCUCACUCCUCAGACCAACCAGUUGACUUCUUCUGAAUGGGCAGCACCUGAGAAACCAACAGCGGCUGUGUCCAAAGCCUGCAGCUCCACAUCACCAGAGCCCACACCCGACCAUAAAAGUGCCAUCAGCUACAUUUAUCAGAGCCAUUCCUCCGAAAGUCUCCACUUGGAUGAAACGGGAAGCAUUUACUCACUGGAGCAUGUCCAGGACCUGUACAGCUCCUCCUGGAAUGAUUCGAAGGAGUCUCUCACGAGUAGGAACUCCCAAGAGGAAGAUGGUGAGGGAAGUAACGAGUCAGGAAGCAUGAUACUUUGCACCAUCCACCCCAUGUGAUGAAGGAGACCAGCCAUUCCAGGAAGACUGGUGGACUGGACUGGCUUCCUUCGCUUCUGUAGAAGCCACGGCUUGGACUUGAGGGUCAGAACCUGCCAUUACGCCACUUUGAAAGGGCCUCCAAUCUAUGGCUGGCCUCCAUCUCUACUAACACUUUGGAGAAGUGUGUGGGAAGCCAACCUUCGUAUCACUUUGUUUUUCUUCUGGAAAGAAAGAAAGCAAGCAUUGGAAGCCUCCUAAGAUGCUGUUCAAAGUAGAGAAGAAGAAGGACUUGUCACUGCGAGUAGAAAUCCAAGGCAAAUUUCCACUAUGGGGAAGGAGAUGACCUAUUUGAGGAAUUAAAAGAUAUAAAUAGAAAUGCAAGGGGAAAACCUUCUAAUUAAUGACAUGGAAACGAAUGAUGGCAAGCGAUUUUACUUUUUUUUUUUUUUUUUUUACCAAAAUCCAAAUUGACUGAACAGCUGGACUGUCAGUGAACAAGGAAUGGCAAACAGGAAGGAAGGACAGGCUGAUGGUCCACAAAAAAGGGGAAAAAAAGGAACAGAAUGAUCAGCAAAGGGCCUGAUCAACGGGAUAUUUUAAUUGCCUUUUCUCACUCACCAUCCAGUUUGAAGAGCCUGCAGUUAAAAGAACUCAUGAAACAGCCUCCAUGUUCC